AACCUCCUUCCUUUUUCUUUCUUAACCUCCUCGACGUUUGUAGAAUUGUAGCUUCCUGUUUAUAAACUCGGUUUAGAGCAUAGACCACCGUUUGCAGCUAAUCGUAACUUUUUAUCAUUUUGGAUGAUUGAAAUUAAACUCUGUCUCUUGGGUUCACAGUUCUGACCUUCGUUUAGCGUUCUAAAUCCGCCUCCAAAAAAUUUGUUUCGAAUUACCAUCAGUUAGCAAUAUUUUUUCUGUUUUGUGGUUAGUAAAUAGAACCACAACGAAUCAAAACCUAACGUGAUGUACAACUUAUCGCUUUUAUAUUUGGUGUAUAUUUUUACUAAACUGUGCAACUGUGCUUUUCCCAAUGUGUACGGGACGUUUAAGGAAGAAAAAAUUACCGGCGAUCCGGGGGAACCCCUAUUUCUAACCCCACUUAUCGAACAAAAUAAGAUUCAGGAAGCCCAGACUGCAGCUCAGGUGAACUUCAAUGGUUUCAAGCACAUAAAAAGUUACUCUGGAUACUUAACAGUGAACAAAGCCUAUCAAUCCAACAUAUUUUUCUGGUUCUUCCCAUCCCUAACGGAUUAUAAAAAUGACCCAGUUGUGCUCUGGUUACAAGGUGGUCCUGGGGCUACUUCUCUUAUCGGAUUAUUCGGAGAAAACGGACCGUUCUCUGUUAAGAGUAAGCAUGGGUUGAAGCUACGCAAAUAUACGUGGACGAAUUCCCAUUCCGUUUUAUACAUCGACAACCCCGUGGGAACGGGUUAUAGCUUUACGAAUAACGGAUAUGCCCAGAAUGAAACACAAGUCGGUUUGGACUUGUACAGUGCGUUGGUGCAGUUCUUUACUUUGUUUCCCGAGUUGCAGAAGAAUAGUUUUUACGUUUCAGGCGAAUCGUAUGCUGGGAAAUACGUCCCUGCUAUCUCUUACACCAUUUAUAAGAAAAACCCUUCCGCUAAGCUCAAGAUAAAUCUACAAGGAUUGAGCAUUGGGAACGGACUGAGUGAUCCUGAACAUCAACUUAAAUAUAGUGACUAUUUGUAUCAGAUUGGGUUGAUCGAUUCGAAUACGAAGCUCACUGUUCAAAACUACGAGGCGCAAGGUAUAAAAUAUAUACAAAACAAGGAAUUUGCCAAAGCUUUCCAAAUAUUCGACACACUCCUGAAUGGCGACUUGAACAACCACACUUCCCUGUUCAAAAACGUGACGGGGUUCAAUAAUUACUUCAACUUCCUCUACCCUGAAACACCGUCCAAAGAACUGGACUACAUGGUCAAAUAUGUCCAGAGAACGGACAUCCGAGCUGCGAUCCACGUCGGGAACUCCACGUUUCACUCUGAAGACCAAACGGUGGAACUGAACCUCGUUUCCGAUGUAAUGCAAUCUGUCGCUCCGUGGAUCUCGGAAUUGCUGAGUAAUUAUCGUGUGUUGAUAUAUAACGGUCAGCUUGACAUCAUCGUAGCUUAUCCGUUGACUAUCAACUAUUUGCAGAAUUUGAAAUUCAGCGGAUCCGAUGAGUAUAAAACCGCGCCUAGAUAUCAGUGGCAUGUUGGUACGGAUUUGGCAGGGUAUGUGAAGCAAGCCGGUAACCUCACGGAAGUCUUGGUUAGAGACGCAGGGCAUAUGGUGCCUGCCGAUCAGCCUCAAUGGGCUGUGGAUCUCAUUACGAGGUUCACGAGAAACAAACCAUUUCACAAAAUGGCUUAAUAUAAGUUACAUGUGAUAAUUUUGAAGAAAAGUUCACUUUUCUUCCAGGAAAUGUAUAUUACUGCAAUAAACAAUUUGCAAAUU